GAAUUCCAUGCAGCUUCCCCACCUUCAGGUUUCUUUAUUCUAUGCCCUGAACUGACUGUGAACAAAUCGUCAAACGUCCAGAUCAAUCAACCUCGAAUCGUUCUUCUUCCCAAUGACCAGUCUUAGAUAUGACUUGGGAUAGACAGACGAUGCAGCAGAAGAGUAUUAAAAAUGGAGGUCAAUUUUCCAAGUCAAGCUUUCCCUUUCUCCUUGGAGGCUCUAAUGCUAACGCGUUAUACGAGGCGUUCCUAUAAAGCAGCUCCCUUUGGUUCUUCCUCCCCCAAGCAACUCCCUCCCACCUUCCCUUCUCUUCAUCCCACUUACAUCCCCACUCUUCACCUUCUCUUCAUCCCACUUACAUCCCCACUCUUCACCUUCUCUUGCCUUUCCAUUCCUUUCCCGGUGGUAUCAAGCUGAAAGCUCGGUUUGAAUGCCGGACAUGGAGAAAGGCAAAGCAAGCGAACAACCAGGGCUUCUGCUGGCUGAGCUAGCUCGAGUGCAGGAGCUGGCGAGAGAGAUGGAAGCUGAACAUGGCCGGCACUCUACAGAUGAAUUCCGCAGAUCGCUGCUGCACGAAUUGCUCGUGUCGAUCGAGAAGGCCAUUUGCAUGGCCAAGUCUACCGCACCGGACGUCAACCCGCAGCCUGCGGAUGGAGACUCUCCGCGCUCCUCCGGCGAGAGCUCCCGGAGCGAGACAUCCAAGCUGACCUUCAGGGAGCAGAUGUCCAAGAAGAGGAAGAAACUGCCCAGGUGGACCAGGGAGGUGCGAGUGAGCUCAGGCGCCGGCGGCGGGGUCCAUGGCCCUGUCGAUGACGGCUAUAGCUGGAGGAAGUACGGCCAAAAGGAUAUCCUCGGGUCCAAACAUCCAAGAGGCUACUACAGGUGCACACAUCGCAUCAUGCAGGGUUGCCCGGCGACGAAGCAAGUGCAGCGAUCAGACGAGGACCCGCUGCUGUUUCAUGUGACCUAUCAUGGGGCGCACACCUGCCUUCCGAAGAGCCCUGCGGCACCAGCAUCAGCAUCAGCAUGGCUGUCGCAGGAGCAGCAACAGCAGGAAGAGAAGGAGCCCGUGGAUCGGCAGCAGCAGAACCAAGACUUGCUUUUGAGAUUCCAAACGGGGCUCCGAGUGAAGACGGAAGACUUGGAGUUGGGCGGCCAUGGCCAGAACUCGCUUUCCUUCUCCUUCGCGUCGCCUUCCACGACGACCGACAGUGGCUUCAUUAGCAGAGCCUCGCCUGCCUUCCUCUCCCCAACAUCAGACUCGACCUACUUCUCGUUCUCGCCAUACAGCUUGAAAGGAGGAGGAAUCAAGCUUCGGAGCCCUGAGUCUGGCAUCACAGGAGCUAAUUCAGCUUCAGAUUCACCUGCUGCUGCGGACAUGGAUUUAAUGCUCGAAGAGCUAGACUUCGAAUCGGACUUCUCCAGCUUCUUCUCAUGAAACAACACUCAGAUGAAUCCAAGCCUGGAGAGGAGGAAUGAGCACGACUGGUGUUCCCCACCGGGCCAAGUGAUGGUUUAGCUGGAAGCUGAACAAAUCCCCUGCAAUUUCACUGUCCUCUUCCUCAUCUAUCAAGCGUCUUUCUCUGACAGACUGCUUGGCAGCUAAUGUUAGGAUCAUAUGUACACAGAAUUAUCAAUGAAUAAUGCUUGCAUUUGGCAAA